AUAUAAAAAAAAAUCAAUAUAUCGAUUUAUUUCCAUAGAAACAUGUUACAAUAUUUAUUUAUUAUUUCACUAAUUCACCAUGGAAAUUGUCAUAAUACAACAACGGAAAUAAAUCACCUGCCAAUAGUCCACAGAGGAUUUCAGAUAUUCCUCUUGACAACGAUCCUAACCCUGGCCAUCGUGAUGAACGGUUCCAUAGUGAUAAAUAUAUCACGUGACAGUCUAAAAAUGAAAAUUAUCCACUUUCACCUAAUUCGUCACGUGUGUUUCUCGGAUUUCGUGGGGGCCGUCCUCGUCCUGCCAGUCCCACUCGCCGCCGUCGUCAAGGGGAGCUGGACCUAUUCCGACUCGAGCUGCGUCCUAAUUUCCAUGACCACCGCGACAUGUUGGACCAUGCAUUUGAUAUCCGUCGCGAUGUACAAGAUCGACCGAAUCUUUGCCGUUUGGCUGCCAACCGGGAAAUAUCCGUGCUUAUCUUUGAAUAGGAUUAAUUUUUUAUUUUCGACAAUUUGGGUGGUUGUCAUAGCAACGUGUUGCUUAGCGACCGUCGUUUUUGGUCCAAAUUAUCAACCGACCCUGGCGCUGUGUUUACCGAAUGUUCCGCUGAUUUUUUUUGUCACUAUCUUUUCGGGGUAUUCAAUUACUUUGGUGGUUUUUACCCUGGGGAACCUGGCCGUUUUUUUGAGGAGGCGGUGGAAAAUUAGCAACCCUUAUUCCACAACGGACACGACCUCGGAAGACCAUCCCCCACUCCACCGCCGCUACCUCCCAAAACCGCACCCUCAAAUAAAACACGGCCGCACGGGUCCCAUGGCAACGCGCCAAUUUUUCUCCUAUUUAAUAAGUUUCGGACAUUUAGUUUUAUAUCUUCCCGCCAUGCUAAUCGUUGGUUUGGUAGGGAAAUCCGCGCUCCCUCCGAUCGUCGCCUGCGCAUGCGCCGUCGUCGUUUAUUCCGAAUUUCUAAUCCAAUCCAUGGCAAUUUUAUGUCUAAGUCCGAAAUUUAGAAAUGAGGUGUUUUUCUUAUCUUAGAAAAAAAUAGUAACCAUG